AUGGUCGGGGCGGCAUUCUACAGAAAAGAAAAUGUGUGCUGGGAGGGGUGGCCUGGCUUGCACCCGCCCCACCUCGACCUCAGGCUGCCAGAUCCUUGGCACGUUAGCCCGAGACUCGCCCAGGUCUUCCAGCCCGGCCUGGAGGACCAGAGCCCCGAAAGCCCCAGUAGUGCCGCAUCUCAAGCCCUCCCAACCCCGCCGCAGGAACCCCCAGCCGGGCCUGCCAGCGUCCAACGGCCGCCUGGCGUCCCGCCCGCGCGGUCCGCAAGGAGGAGCCCGCGAGGCGACCGCGAAAGGAGCUGCGCUUACCUCGCCGGGUGCGGGCUGAGGCUCCGGCUCACCCGCUCCAGGCUGGGCACCCCGCACGGUGCGCCCCUCGCCCCGACGGCUGCCGCGCAGGCUCUGGACACUGCCACUUUCAUUUUCCUCAACGCUCUCGGCAAGAAAGCGAAAGCGAAAACGGCCGAGAGGCGGGCCCGAGUGCGCGGAGAACGCGGGGCGCGGGCCGGCAGCCAGAGGCUGGGGCUCCAGGCCUCGGGUCUGCGCUCGGCGGUCCCGGCGGCGUCCCGGCUGGAGCCGCGUCCACCUGAGACGCUAAGCCAGCCCUUGGCGCACGUCGCGGCGGCGCAGCGUUCCCUCGCCCGCUACGAGGCCCGCGGCGCCUCGGUCCCGUGGCGCCGUUUCCCUCAUCUGCCUUUCGUUUCAGCGCCCGCCGGGGCCUCGCGGCUGCAGGCCGGCCCGAAACCUGACUGCCCGCGGCGCUUCGUGGGUUUCUGGCCUGAGCAGGCGGGUGCCGGCCUCAGUGGCCGGGAGCCUGUCACUGAGGGGUCCCCGUUGGAGGCGCUGAGGGAACUGGAGCGGGUUUCGCUCGCAGACCCCAGGGGUCCGGCGCUCCCCAGCCCAGACAUGCGCACUGGUCCCUCGGCUGAGCUGGGGGCACCAGCAAGGCUACAGCCGGGUCCUGACCGUGAGGUACCAGGCUCUUCAUCCUGGGUCAGCGGAGAACUAAAAGUCAGUGAUGCCUGUGAGAUGAGGAACGCUUCGUUUGAUAAGGAAAACUGAAACUGCAAGUUUAAGGAGGACUCAGACACAACAGUGCCCUUCUCUGAGCUGGAGAGUCUGGAAAAGGACCCUAUUUUGGAGGACUUCAGUUCUGCCCACGUCGGGUGAGGUGUCAGGUGGGUAGGGGACCUCUCUAUCCACUUUCCCAUUCAUAAGAUAUAUUCUGCUCUACUAUGAAACUAUCAGCUGUGUCCUCUGUGUGAGCUGGUAUCUUCUUUAUAAUAUGUUUGUUCCAUGGAUAAUCUCCAAACCUCAGUUUAGAACUCAGUACUGUAACUAUUGGUCUCUACAGAAAUAUGACCAACCAAUAGCAAAAAUAACUUUCAACCUUCUUGAGGAGGAGGCAAGAAUCAAAAAUAGAAAGGAGUGAGCAAUUAUUCUUGAAUAAUCGAAGGUAAAUUAUUUUUCUGUAGGUGACCCUGGUUUUCUGGGAAAAAGAAGUCUUUUAUAAGUGUUCCCAAAGGGAAAGACAUACAUUUGGCAGUACAGAUGGAAAUCUCUGUCAUUCUGUGCGAAAAAUAAGUUAGCACACCAAAAAUCACUCCUGCUCUGAUAUCUUUCUUCCUGAGCAAGUUUCCCUUGGAGAGCUUGGUGGCAUAGGAUGACCUGGCCCCAGAGGAUGCCUGUUGGAGUGAAUCACCUGUGAGAGGGCAGAGCUCUUUAGGUCCAACACUGGCUUAUCCUACUGAAGCAGGCUUGAACACAGACCAUGACUACUACUGCGCUUUCUCAAAGGACAAACAAUUUCUUCACUAAUCCCAGAUCCCAGACAACCCAUACCCAUCUCACUGUGAAGUGUGCAGGCUGACUGUAGGUGAGUUUACAUGUUUUGUUACCUAGCUUUUGAGAAGCCUAGAUACCAUUAGUCCACUUGGACUAAAAAGAAAAAGAAGUCUGUGUGAAGUAGACAUAUUUCUUGAAAUAUAUUUUCCUGAGAGGUCUGUCUCUCAUUAACGAAUGAAUGAGUAAAAGUAUUUGUUGAAAAAUGACCAAAUGUAAAGUGAAUGUACUGCUUAAGUACUCUAGGGUUAGAAGAUCUGUCUUUUUCUCCCAAAGGUAGUUAUAAUUCCCUUCAUGAAACCAAACAGAAAAUAAAGAUUAUUUGUAGACUCAAAAAUUACAUUGGAGGGAGGAGAAAUAGCAAUAUUGUUAUCAACACAAAUUUAGUUCUGCUACGUACUUUACACGCAUGAUCCAAUUGAAUCCUUAUAAAAACCUAAUGAGAUAGGUUACAAUAGACCACCUAUUCAAUAACUGAGGAAAUUGAGUCUCAGAAUGGUGAAGUGAGUUGCUCAAACUUAUAGAACUAGUAAGUGGAGAAGCCUGCUUUUGGAUCUCAGGGACCACAUAUCUGCUUUGGUGUGGACACUUAGCUGUAGCUAUAGUGCCUCCCAGGAGAGGAUGUGCUUUGAGUUAAACUUUGAACAUGGGUGGAGUUAGGAUAAUCAGAGGUGAAGGAGGACAAUGUAUAUAUGAAGGCAGGAGUGACAAAAAGAAAUAUAAAACUGAAAGUGUGUCAUAUCAGGAGUUGAAAUACAUUAAAAUUUGUGAAAGCUUGGGGGUUGGGUGGGAGGAGUUUAAAAAAUACUGAAAAGUACACAGAAGAAAAUAAUCCAUCCUCAUUUUCAUCUUGCACAUUUACUUCCAGUUUUGUUUUUUAACUAAAACUGCUUAAAAAUGUAUACAUGCUCAUCAUAAGAAAUAUAAACACUAUAGCAAAUACAACAAUAAAUGUGUUAAAAGCUCCACAAAUCCUUCUAUCUAAAAAGUACAACUACUAAUAUUAGGAAAAUAUUGUUAGAUAGGUUUUUCUUUGCACUUAUUCAGAGAGAAGGAGGAAUAGACAGUAUAGUUUUCAUUUCUACUUCUCUUAUUAGGAGAGAGGUACAGAAUCUUCUCAUAGGUGUAAAAGUUAUCUCUAGGGCUUCCCAAGUGGCAUUAGUGGUAAAGAACCUGCCUGCCAAUGCAGAAGACAUGAGAGACUUAAGUGUGAUCCCUGGGUCGGGAAGAUCCCCUAUAGAAAGAAAUGGCAACCCACUCCG